AUGGUGGCGACAACGCGCCCAUCGUGGAUCAGCGAUGUUGUUUGCCGAUUAUGGGGAGAUAAUGGCUCGCUUUUCGAUCUGUCUUCGCAGCUCAGAGAACAACUCAGUACAAUUAAACCUCAAGGCAACGAUCUUCGCCUUCUUGCUCAGGAGCUCUUCCAAGCAGCUACUAUGACUUCGCAUCCUGACCAGAGGAUGCUCGAGUGCAUCAAAAUGCUAGCUCAUUCCGAACUCAUAUCCUGGACGGAUCUUCUGAGAACAAUCACAAGUUUUACACACUUCCAAAAACCGCGUUGCGUUGUAGCCUUAUGUAAAUUAUUGGAGGCGGAGCUUCCUCAUAUACAAUGCCCAUUUUCGCAUAUAAGUGAUUGCCUAGCGAUGACAGAGGCCGUCAUUGAUGUAUUUGUGUGGAUUGUGGAAGGCAUACUGGCCUCUAAAGAACAUGAAGAUUUUGAAAUGGUCGAUGUCGAAGGCGCUCUCUUUCGCACAUUUUCUGUGUUCCUCAGUGAUCCCUUCGUUUUCCGUUUGAUGUCGUUGGCUACGAAGAAAUACGGAGGUGUAAUCACAAGCUCCAUUCUGAAUCGACUAGAAGAACUUCAAUGUCAGGAGGGUGUAACUUUGAACUAUGAAGAGCUACAAAGGGCUUUUUUAAAAAUAUUUGAGCCACCCAAAUACGAGAAUACUGAACCAACCAUCAAGUACAACUUUCGUCGUUCGGGAAUACGCUCACUCACGGCAGUAUUCUCAUGUUUCCGAGUUCUUGCUGCAGUUGAAGAGGUUGCCGAUACCAUGCUUCUCUUUGGACAAAUCAAUGCCAUAAGCCAUCAUGAGAUCGUUUCUGAUAUGCUUCACGCUUCUUUCAUGAUUUUGCUAGAGGAACAAGAAACUCGUGACAACUGCAAAUCUUCGAUUGAGAUGUUUUUCUAUGUAAAAAUGCCACGGGUUUGGGCCGCAAUGAUCAAGCAAGGGAUGAAGCCAGAGAGUGUAGUGCGAGGCGUACAGCAUAUGGUGUCCGAAUGUCGUCAGGUCAUUGAUAACGUUGACUCCAUAGUCAAAGACAAUACGAUUCGAGCUAUUGUUCGUCAACUUAUCUCUGAGCGUGUUAUGUCAGAUGCCGACGGAGACAAGCUGAUCGCCCAAAGAAACGAGCAGCUGAAGAUGAUCCAAGGUUUGGCUUGCUUGACGAGGGACGAUGUCCAACGUCAGACCCAGGUUGCUGUAGUGCUCAGUGCUGUACAGGCUCGGCACGUUAUCGACAAGCUGUGGAAUAUGCAGGAAAAACUAAUGACUGUGUUGACCCGAUUGAUCGGAAGCGGUGGCUAUGCUUUUGAUGCUUUCUGUUCUUCGUAUGGUUUGGAAGGAAAUCUGGCGGAGAUGAGCAGCAAGCUGGCAAGCCUCAACCUUUUAUCUGAAUCUCCGUCGAACGUUUGCGUCGACAGAAACAUGACCUUUGAUCUGUCCUUUACCAUGCUGACAAGAAUCGUCUACAAAUACAGUAGCUUGACGCUUGAUGAGCUGGUAAGAGAUCCUCGAGGCGGCCCCGACAACACUGCCUGUGCAUUCUAUCAGUGGUCUUCGAGAUAUGUAAAAAGAAUCUCCUGUAACUUGCAAGAUUCUGGAGAAGGCGACAUGCCAAUCAUUCCUCCCGAGUUGAAAGCAGCGUAUAAGGAUAGAGUCCUUAGGUUGAAAGAACGUCAGUUGUUCUGGGAUCCGCACACUUGCAAUUAUGGCCAACUCCUGCAUGAGAUGCCAAUUGUUGGUGAGAUUAUACUAGAUUAUUUCAAGGAACGAAAACACAUUGAGGAAGAUGUUGCUCGCAUUUUUGCUGCUUUCCGAAAAGCCAAUUGCUUACUUGUCUGCAUCAUACAGUGGUUAGAGUGCCAAGCUCCAUCAGAAGCCCGUCGACAGAUGGCCCGUUGCAUCAAAAUGGUACUGGAGGAAAGUGUUCCAGACGAGAAAGAGGAGAAGGAUAGGUGGCUCUUUACUAGAAUGGUAUGUCGUCGACAAUUGGAUGAAAUGUGCGAAUGUGACUCUGUGAUUCCACCCAUGACAAUAACUCUUAUGGCUAUCGCGAAGAGAUCAUUUCCAACAUUACAUUGGCGUCAGGUUCCUGACAAGGAGAUGUUGAAAAAGGCAUGGUUGUAUGCGCAGCGGCAAAAUUGGGCUAGUCCAAACGUCCUGCACCUAAUUGAUCACUGCAACAGAGCUGGAGCUCACAAGUCUUGGUUCGAGUUCUACAUGCAUCAUAUGAUGAAGUUGCGCUGUCCGGAUGUGAUGAACAGAGCUAUAGAGACAAUUUGUGCCUGUUUGUUACUAGAACCGCAAGAGACUCUAAUUACUGCUUGUGUGUUAAUGGUAGAUUUUAUGAUGGACAAGAAGAGUCAAGUGCAGUUUGAAGUACCUUACGUGAUACCGUUGGUCAAACUGCUCACUCAGGUGAUGUUGAUGUCUGUGUGGAUUAUUGACAGAGAAUACAAGAAAGUCAACGCGUGGAGAAGUGGUGAACCAAAGCAGAAACGGAUCAAGAUGGCUAGUGACUCACAGAUACACCCAUCGAUCAAAAUCUUACAAGAAACGAUAGAAGUAGCUGUGAACAAAUUUGUCAAGGAGUCAAGUCAAGGCUCCCUCUACCAGCCAAUCAGUUCUGUGUGCCAUAUCGUAAGGAUGAUUGCUGGUGCUCCAGAGAGUGAAGCCAAGCAGUUGUUGUUGCCUUAUCUAAAGCAUCUCCUGUUUUUCCAACUCGCUCGCCUCGAGCCUGGCUCAAUCUCAUUCGAGCUAUUUGCUACAUUUUGCGAUCCAGCCAAUGAGGACCAUGAUCUCGAAAAGCUAAAGUUUCUUUGUCUUCUUCGGAAAUCCGGCGGAUUGUGAAGCCGUCUUUCAAGCACUGUGGUCCCACACUAUAAAGUACACAGUGAAGUAAGAAUCAUGGGGCUGUCAGUGGCCAGAAAAUGUAACACAAACUCAAUAUUGCGAUAUGUUCUGGUCCAGGAUGGCAGUCAUCGAAAAAUCGGCCUUGUGAGGCAGUGUCCGGGCAGAUUCGGGAGCAACUAGUCUCAACAGUUUACUGCGCGGGCUACCCUUGCAAACUAUGGCUCGGUUGCGAUUUCAAAAUAAUGCGUUUUGAGCGAGAUAAUCGCUCCAGAAGUCUGAACAUAUGCCCCCCCC